AUGGCAACUGUGAGGUCUGUUGUUUCUAUUGCAACUGCAAAUCAUUGGACAUUACAUCAGAUGGAUAUAUAUAAUGCUUUUUUACAAAGAGAUUUGUACGAAGAAGUAUAUAUGACACCCCCUGAUGGUUUUAAUAGAAAAGUUGGCAGUGGUCAAGCAUGUAGAUUGUUGAAAUCUCUCUAUGGAAAUGAUUCCAAUAUGAUUCAUGAAACUAAGACAGCAUUGCAUCAUGCAUUCAAGAUUAAAGAUGUAGGGGAACUAAGGUACUUCCUUUGGUUGGAGUUUGCUAGAAGUGAAACUGGGAUACUCAUACAUCAAAGGAAGUACACUCUUGAGUUAUUAGCUGAUAUGGGUCUAUCAGGUGCUAAACCAGUGUCAACACCUAUGGAAUUGAAUCUAAAACUCACCUCCACAGAGUUUGAUGAUCACAUAAAUUCUAUACAUGUUGAUACACUUCUUGAGGAUCCUAAAAGUUAUCAAAGGUUGAUUGGAAGGCUAUUGUACCUCACAACCACUAGACAAGACAUAUCAUUUGCAGUUCAGUGUCUAAGUCAAUUUAUGCAUGCACCAAAGGCUUCACAUAUGGAUUCAACACUCAGAUUGGUCAGAUAUUUGAAGACAGAACCAGGCUUAAGAAUUCUAAUGUCAUCUACUGGAGGAAAUAAUUUACAGGUGUUUGGUGAUGCUGAUUGGGGUUCAUGUAUCAACAACAGAAGAUCAAUCAAUGGAUACUUAAUCAAAUAUGGAGAAUCUCUUAUUUCAUGGAAGUCGAAAAAGCAGAUUACAGUCUCCAGAAGUUCAGCUGAGGCUGAGUACAGAGCCAUGGCCUCAACUGUUGCAGAGGUUGUUUGA